AUUAAUUAAUUAAUGUCAUCCAAAAGUUAUGAUCGAUAAAAAAUAUUGAAGGUUGAAGUUAGUGUUGGUCUGACAAAAGAGUAGUAUGAAAAAAAAUAUUUAUUUCAUCGUUUAAAAGAGAGAUUUUUACAUAGCUCUGAUUUAUCAUUGGAGACAAUCACUCCUGAAGGACAUGAAAAUAUUUAUAUUCCUAUGGAUAUUUAGACUCCAACUUAAGCUGAUGGUCUAAGUUAUGAGGAUGAAUAAGCCCUCAGAAUGCAUGGAGCUUAAAUAUGUUUUCAGGCCUGCAAUCACUUAAAAUUACCCUUAACCACAGCAAUUACAAGUUUGGUUAUUUAUCAUAGAUUCUUUGCAAAGUAAAUAAAUGAUAAUGAGCAUUAGGAAUUCUUUUGUUGAUUAUGAUUACCGUGAAAUUUCAAUGGCUUCUAUUUAUUUAGCAGGCAAAGUAGAAGAAACAGUGCUAAAAACUUGGUAUAUUGCUAGUACUUUUAGCUCUGUAUUUUAGAAAUAAAAAUAAACACCGUUGUAAGAAUGAUAAAGAUAUUAAAUAGGGAUAUUAUAAUUAAAUAGGAAAAAUUAAUACUUAGGGAACUUGGGUUUGAAUUAUUUAGAGUUUCAGAUCAUCCGCACAAGUUCAUAGAAUCAUUUUAUCAUUUUAUUAAGGUCGAUAAGCAGGUAGCUCAAAAGGCAUGGUGUUACUUGAACGACUCAUACAUGACUGAUUUAUGUGUACAUUUUCCACCUUAAGUUAUUGCAGCAGGAGCAUUGUAUUUAGCAUUGAGGAUCUGUAAUCAUCCUAUGCCUACUUAACCAUGGUGGAUUCUAUUAGAAGCUACUUUGGAUUAAAUUGAGUAAGUGGCUGCAACAAUAUAUAAUAUUUAUGAAUUCGAAAAGAUUGAUUUUCGAUAAGCCAGAAGAAUUUUAGCAAAAGCCAAUAGAGUAGCUUAUGUAAUAUAACAUAGUGAAAUUUAUGGUAUUCCAGAAAAAAUAGAAAAGCCAUUAGAAGCUAUUAAAUAAAUCUCUUAAUAAUCAUAAUAAUAAUAAUAAUAAUAAUAAUAAUAAUAAUAAUAAUAAUAAUAAUAAUAAGAAUAAUAAAAUAAUAAAGUAGAAUAAUAAAAAUCACCUAUUGAUAAGAAAAGUAUGAAAAAAAAAAGUAAGUCUAUUGAAAAAAAAAGUAAGGAUAAAAAAAAUAAAUCUGAGAAAAAGAAAAAGAAAGACAAAGAUAAAAAGAAAGAAAAAAAAGAUAAAAAAAAGAAGUAACUAUAUAUUUACUAUAUUAUUAGAAGUAGAUCUAGAAGCAAGUCAAAUGAAAAAAAAUAAUCAAAAAAAGAUAAGAAGAAAGAUAAAAAUAAAAAAGAUCAGGAUAUUUAAGAUAAAAUUAAAACUAAAGAUUCCGAGAUAGUAAUCUAAUAGGAUAAAAAUUAAGUUGAAUCCAAAAUGGAAAUUGAGACACCAAAUGAUUGCAAUAACAAUAUAAAAAGCAACAAUAAUAAUAUCUAGUAAUCAAGCACAGGUAACGAAUAAAAAAAGGAUGACUAAUUGUGCCAAAUACCUAUUGUUGAAUAGACAAAUAAAGAACCAUAUCCUUAAGCAUAACAUGUUAUUAAUGACGUUUAGUAGCCACAAUAAUUGCAUGAUGAAAAAGAAUAAUUGAAAGUGUAAUUGCCUUUAUAGAGUAAAUAGGAUUUGAUUGCUUCAAUAAAAGCAAUUCUAAAAACUUAAUAAUUAUAGAAGGAGAAAGAAAAAGAUUAAGAUAAAGAAAAAGAAAAAGAGAAGGAAAAAGAAAAAGAAAAGGAAAAGGAUAAAGAUGAAGAAUAGUCUCCAGAUGAAUAAGAUUCAGAAGAAUAUGAACAAUUAAAAGCACUUAAACUAAAAAGUAACUUUACAUUAAUUUUUUUAGUGUUAGCAAAAAAGCGAAACGAAUGAUGAGC